AUUUCGUAUGCACCUUUAACGACGAGUUGGCGACCAUCUCGCUGCUAUGCCCAGCGCAACUGCAUCUCGUUUGUGACAAAAGGACUGCGAGGGUGACGCAAUAACCGAGAUGGGACGCCGUCAAAAGAACAAGCAGGGCGCGCCAGCGCCUCUGCCGCUGCCUUCAUCAUCGGCCGGGGCGGCAGCCGGCAAGAAACGCAAAGCGUCCGACUCCUGCAGGGAGGAUGACGGCAAGUCCAGCAAGAAACAAGCAGCAGCAGGGGAGUCGGCGGAACCGACAAGAAAGGUUUCAGUAAUCGGCUCGGCGCGUGAGCGUAUCGGCGAUGCGAACGGCAAGGGCAAGGCAAAAGGCACGGUGAAGGGCAAAGGCAAGAGCUUGACUCCGACCGCAAGCAAGGCUCGUGCGCAGGCGCGUGCGGCACUCUUUGCUGACAAAGACAAACCUAUCAUUAGCGACGCAGAAGAGGAAGAUGAGGAGGAGACAGGUAGUGGCGGUUUUGGGCAGUUCAAUCCCGACGAUUUGCAGGCUGCUAUCGCCGCUGAGAUGGACGGUGAUGCCAGUGAGGACGAUGAAGUCGAAGAAGCUGACGACGUCAAGGAAGAAGCCGAGGGAGUUCCAUUAUCAAAGCCCAGCAAAACGUCUCAAUCAAAAGCAGCCAAAAAGGAGCUUGGCAUUACUCCACCGCCUACUCUCGCUCCGCAACUGGGCUUUGAUCUUCCACCCAAAGGAACGAAAUUGUCCGAACGGGAAAAGAAAAAAGCACGCGCCGAGCUUGAGCGACUCGAGAUGCUGUUGAAGAGCAGUGGGCAUGCUCUCGAUGGGCCUGUUGCGGACGACCAGGACGAGGAAGGUGAAGAGGAUGAGGAAGACGAUGACGACGACGACGACGCCGAGAACGAUGAAGACGAACUAGAUGGAGAAGGCCUCAACGAGGACGAGCUCGCCUUCCUCGAUGGAGGCGAUGGUGACGAUGCAGACGAAUUGGACCUAGAAUCCGAGGACGAUGACGAGCCCAGCCUGCUCGAAGGCGAUGAAGAUGGUGAAGAGGCGGAUGAAGAUGAAGAUGAAGGGGACGACGAUGAAGAAAUGAUGCUGCCGACGCUUGCGGAUGCCGACAAGAACCUCGCCCAACUGCAAGGUGCCGAUCUCAAAGUUGUGCAGCUGCGCAUGCAAGAGGUAGUCAGCAUCUUGACCAACUGGAAAAACUUCGAUAACAGCAGUAAUGGCAGAAGCAGGAGCGAAUACGUCGAUCAGCUGCUUGAGGAUAUCUGCGCUUACUAUGGCUACAACAGAUUCUUGGCUGAAAAGCUGUUUAAUCUGUUUACCCCUGCCGAGGCGAUCGAAUUUUUCGAAGCGAAUGACACGCCGCGACCGGUGACGAUCCGUGCAAAUACACUGCGCACGCGUCGUCGUGACUUGGCGCAGGCGCUGAUCAGCCGCGGUGUGCACCUCGAGCCGGUCGGCCCGUGGUCCAAGGUUGGGCUGCAAGUGUUCGAGUCCACCGUGCCCAUCGGCGCGACGCCUGAGUAUCUUGCAGGCCACUACAUGCUGCAAGCCGCCGCAUCGUUCUUGCCUUGCAUCGCGCUUGCUCCCCAGCCGGGCGAGCGCGUGCUCGACAUGGCUUCCGCACCGGGCGGCAAGUCGACAUACCUGAGCGCACUGAUGCAGAACACGGGCGUCGUAUUUGCCAACGACAGCAACAAGGCGCGCGUCAAAAGUCUCACGGCGAAUAUCCACCGACUCGGCUGCAAGAAUGUCGUCGUGUGCAAUUAUGACGGCAGGAUGUUCCCUAAGGUCAUGGGGGGGUUCGAUCGGGUCUUGCUCGAUAGUCCUUGCUCCGGUACAGGUGUUAUUAGCAAGGAUCCUAGCGUCAAGACAAACAAGUCUGAGCGCGACUUUCAACUCUUAUCACAUCUGCAAAAGCAACUGAUCCUCUGCGCGAUUGACUCGGUCAACGCCAAGUCAGCUACGGGCGGCUACGUCGUCUACUCGACAUGUUCGGUUAUGGUGGAGGAAGACGAGGACGUGGUCGAGUACGCGCUUAAGAAGAGGCCAAAUGUUCGCCUUGUCCCAACCGGCAUCGACUUUGGUCGCGAUGGCUUCAAGGCAUUUAGAGGCAAGACAUACAACCCCAAGAUGGAGUACUGCAGACGAGUCUUCCCCCACGCACACAACCUCGACGGCUUCUUCGUCGCAAAGCUCAAAGUCGAAGCACGCAGAACGGCAAAGGGCCAACUGGACAAGACGCCUGGUCAGCAAGAUGAAGCGAACACCAGUGCCGUCGCUUCCGAAACUUCUGGUGACGCUUCUGGCGCGUUGGCCAACGGCGCUGGCGACACGUCUGUGUUCGACAAUGUAGAGGACGAGGAGUUGAUGCAGAGGAGCCUGCAGAAGCUUAGGGGAAAGAAAGCAAACAAGGGCGGUACAAAGGCAGCGGCCAGGGAGUCUGUCGCGGAUGUUAGUGGGAGCAAAAAGAGUAAUGGCGAUGCCUAGCUUAUUGGAGACUGCUGUAUCGUAAGCUGGAUUCUUCUUCGCAAG